GGCCUCUUCCCUUUCUCAGAAUCCAGAGCUGCUGUUGGCCCAGUGUACCCAGGGGGAGAUGAUUCCUCAUGAAGAGCCUGGAUCCCCUACAGAAAUCAAAUGUGACUCUCCAUUUAUCAGACUAAAAUCAGAGCCAGACAGACAGUGAAACAGCCACCGUGGAGGGGGGACGGCGAAAAAUGAAAUCCAACCAAGAGCGGAGCAACGAAUGCCUGCCUCCCAAGAAGCGCGAGAUCCCCGCCACCAGCCGGCCCUCGGAGGAGAAGGCCACCACCCUACCCAGUGACAACCACCGCGCAGAGGGCGUGGCAUGGCUCCCCAGCAAUCCUGGUGGCCGGGGCCAUGGGGGUGGGCGGCACGGGCCGGUGGGGACUUCGGCAGAGCUUGGUUUGCAACAGGGAAUAGGUUUACACAAAGCAUUGUCCACGGGGCUGGACUACUCCCCGCCCAGCGCUCCUAGGUCAGUUCCUGCGGCGGCCACCACGCUGCCCACAGCGUACCCUCCCCCACAGUCAGGGACCCCGGUGUCUCCGGUGCAGUACGCUCACCUGCCGCACACCUUCCAGUUCAUUGGGUCCUCCCAGUACAGCGGGCCCUACGCUGGCUUCAUCCCUUCACAGCUGAUCUCCCCAUCGGCCAACCCUGUCACCAGUGCAGUGGCCUCUGCUGCGGGGGCUACCACUCCAUCCCAGCGUUCCCAGCUGGAGGCCUAUUCCACUCUGCUGGCCAACAUGGGCAGUCUGAGCCAGGCACCGGGACACAAAGUUGAGUCUCAGCAGCAACAGCAGCACCUCGGCAGGGCUCCCGGACUUGUCACCCCGGGGUCCCCCCCACCCACGCAGCAGAACCAGUAUGUCCACAUUUCCAGUUCUCCACAGAGCAGCGGGCGCGCGGCCUCUCCUCCGGCCAUCCCCGUGCACCUCCACCCCCAUCAGACAAUGAUCCCACACACGCUCACCCUGGGACCCUCCUCCCAGGUGGUCGUGCAGUACUCCGAUUCCGGUAGCCACUUCGUCCCUCGGGAGUCCACCAAGAAAGUCGAGAGCAGCAGGUUGCAACAGGCCAUGCAGGCCAAGGAGGUCCUGAAUGGUGAGAUGGAGAAGAGUAGGAGGUACGGGGCUCCAUCCUCCACGGACUUGGGCCUGGGCAAGCCAGGCAGCAAAUCAGUCCCUCACCCUUAUGAGUCCAGGCACGUGGUGGUCCACCCGAGUCCUGCGGACUACAGCAGCCGAGAUCCCUCGGGGGUCCGGGCCUCUGUGAUGGUCCUGCCCAACAGCAGCACGCCUGCAUCCGACCUGGAGGUUCAGCAGGCCACUCAUCGGGAGGCGUCCCCCUCCACCCUCAACGACAAGAGCGGGCUGCAUUUAGGGAAGCCCGGCCACCGGUCCUAUGCGCUGUCCCCCCACACGGUCAUUCAGACUACACACAGUGCUUCAGAGCCUCUCCCAGUUGGACUGCCAGCCACGGCCUUCUAUGCGGGGGCUCAACCCCCUGUCAUCGGCUACCUGAGCGGCCAGCAGCAAGCGAUCACUUACGCAGGCAGCCUGCCCCAGCACCUGGUGAUCCCUGGCACCCAGCCCCUGCUCAUCCCAGUGGGCAGCCCUGACAUGGACACCCCGGGGGCAGCCUCUGCCAUCGUCACGUCCUCACCCCAGUUUGCUGCAGUGCCUCACACGUUUGUCACUACCGCCCUGCCCAAGAGUGAGAACUUCAACCCCGAGGCUCUGGUCACCCAGGCCGCCUACCCAGCCAUGGUGCAGGCCCAGAUUCACCUGCCAGUGGUGCAGUCGGUGGCCUCCCCCGCAGCCCCGCCCACACUGCCGCCCUACUUCAUGAAAGGCUCCAUCAUCCAGCUGGCCAAUGGGGAGCUGAAGAAGGUGGAGGAUUUAAAGACAGAAGACUUCAUCCAGAGUGCGGAGAUAAGCAACGACCUGAAGAUAGACUCUAGCACGGUGGAGAGGAUUGAAGACAGCCACAGCCCAGGGGUAGCUGUGAUUCAGUUCGCCGUUGGUGAGCACCGAGCACAGGUCAGUGUUGAAGUUUUGGUGGAGUAUCCUUUCUUUGUGUUUGGACAGGGCUGGUCAUCCUGCUGUCCAGAGAGAACCAGCCAGCUCUUUGAUUUGCCAUGUUCCAAACUCUCCGUUGGGGACGUCUGCAUCUCGCUUACCCUCAAGAACCUGAAGAACGGCUCUGUUAAAAAGGGCCAGGCCGUGGAUCCUGCCAGCGUCCUGCUGAAGCACGCAAAGACUGACAGCCUGACAGGCAGUAGACACAGGUAUGCUGAGCAGGAAAAUGGAAUUAAUCAGGGAAGUGCCCAGGUGCUCUCUGAGAAUGGCGAACUGAAGUUUCCAGAAAAAACAGGAUUGCCUGCAGCACCCUUCCUCACCAAAAUAGACCCCAGCAAGCCCACGGCCACGAGGAAGAGGAGGUGGUCAGCGCCGGAGACCCGCAAACUGGAGAAGUCAGAAGACGAACCACCUUUGACUCUUCCCAAGCCUUCCCUAAUUCCUCAGGAGGUUAAGAUCAGCAUCGAAGGCCGGUCUAACGUGGGCAAGUAGAGGCCAUGCAGGCAAAGGAGGCAUGGCUUCCCUUACCAUUUGUAUCCAGAUUACUGUACUGUAGGCUAAAUAACACAGUAUUUACAUGUUACCCUCUUCCUUUAGGUUUCUGUUCUAACCUUGUCAUUAGAGUUACAUCAGGUGUGGCGCAGGAGAUUGGUACAGAUGCUUGAUCCGCGAUAUUUUUGGGGGAGCAGGCAGGUGGGAGGGUGGUGGGCACAGCAGUGGCAAACAGGCUCCAGGGAGGCAUGAAUGUGGUUUUACCAGCGCCUGCCUUCUCCAGCAGGACAGAGGCAUCCAAUAGGCAUUGACUCCCACUAGUUUUAAGAGCAAGUUCAGUGGGAAGACAACUGCAGGGACUUGAGGUGUGUCCCUAUGGGGAUGCACAGGUGCCAUGGUGGUGAGUGAGGGUCUCUUCUUCUCUGCCUCCCUCUGCCUCACUCUCUUGCUCUCAGCAUAGGAUAGGGGUCCAGACCAGUGUCCUCCUGGGUUCCCACAAACAAAAAUCAAUGCCAGGGAUCCAACUUCAGGGCACAAAGGAGGUGUCAGAUAGCAGAUGGGAAACUACCCAUUUCAAAGAACAUUUUUCUCUCCAACAUAUUUUACAAUAAAAGCAACUUUUAAUCAUAUAAGUAUAUAUUUCCCCCUAUGGGGACUGACUGCACUGAUUUUUUUUUUUAAGAGCAACUGCCACACAUGGGAUUUCAUUUCUGCUUUACUAGUCCAGUGAUGUCAUCAGAGUGUCAUGGUGGGCAGGGAAGCCCCUGCUCAGGUUGCUUCAAGUUGGAGUGGGUGGGACUGGGACUGGGGAACAGAGAGAAACACCCAUUCUGGUUUCUGUGCAGUGUUAGAAAAACCAGUCAGGUUAUUGUAUUGACUUUGUUCCCAAGAGGUAGAUGCAAACUGCCCUUCAUUGAGAGCUGAGGAAACUCUCUGAGUUAAGUUUGCAAAAUCUUUUUGUCUUUUAACUCUAGUACUGUUUCUAGUUCAUGACUCUGGACAACUCGGGUGCCACUUUCUUCAGAUUCCAGUGUGACAUGAGGAAUUCGAUUUUGAAGAUGGUAUAUAUUACUAUCUCUAAGCACUUAAAAUGUUGUUCACACUUUUUACCAAGCAUCUUGGUCUGUCAUUCAAUGAGUACUGUAUCUCACUUUAAAACUCUUUGGGAAGAAAAAAGUUGCUUUCUUUCUUUCUUUUUUUUUU